GCCGGCGGGGUUUGGAAAAUCAGAAAUGCCACGCAUUGACUUCGCUUCCUGUUUGUCGCACAAGCACAGAUAAUGCAUCCGAAUACAGGACACAACGACAUAAAACCGUACAACGAAUGGAUGAGGCAAGGCUGAAUCAAGAUGUGGCGGGCGGUUGAAAUGCCCAGUCCAGGUUACCGGCUCAAGGUCGGACUUGUGGUCCUCGUGAUCAUGGUAUUGGGGUUCUUCAAUGAAAGUCAGGGUACAGCGCAUUACGGGGAAGAUAGUGUGGGGUCGUUCCCGUACUUUGAGUACAACGUGCCUCGCAAUGUGACCACUGUGGUUGGCCAGACCGCUUUUCUGCAUUGCAGAGUUGAACAGCUUGGAGAUAAAGCUGUGUCGUGGAUACGGAAGAGGGAUCUUCACAUUCUAACAGCAGGGAUUUUAACUUACACGUCUGAUCAAAGAUUUCAGGUUAUACGACCAGACAAAUCCGAGAACUGGACGCUUCAAAUUAAGUUCCCUCAAGAGAGAGACGCGGGGAUCUACGAAUGUCAAGUCAAUACUGAACCGAAGAUAUCUUUGGCCUUCCAGCUUAAUAUUGUUGGUGAGUUUUCGUUGUUUCCUUUAGAAAACCAAGUUAUUUUUUUCAUUGUUGAAAUCAUAAGAAAAUUAUGA